AUGGAAAUGGAAGAACUACAUGCAGCAGCCUUAGCCUACUAUUCCAAUGGUUCUCCGGAACUUCAGCGUCUGGCAUGGUCUUUCUUCCAAUCCAUGGACACAAAUAACGACGGCCGAAUCAGCUCCUCAGAGUUUUAUGAAUUUCUGCAUCAAAGCGGUUACAGCUGGAUCAUCAACGACCCCAGUUUCUUCAUGAAACUAGAUCGAAACCGCGACGGUGGCCUGGAUUUUUAUGAAGUGCUCACCUUCUACUACAUCGUCAAAACGAGGAACAUCUUUUGCCAAGGGUGUAGAGUGUACCUUUGUGGCUUGUAUUUCACCUGCGUUGCUUGCUUUGAUGUAGGAGCUGACCAUCAUCAGGGCACCUAUGAUCUCUGUGCUGCCUGCUACAGCAUCAGGAAUUUUUAUCACCACCAUACGUAUUUCUUGGACAACCAUGUCUUGCUGCGCUCCAAAAGAGGCCUCCCUCCUUGUGCUAGACCCGAUCUCAAUCAGGCAAUGACUCCAGUUCCACAGCCUCUGGUGAUUUAUAACAAUUACUACUUUCAAGCACCUGAAAGGAAUAAAUGGUUUCAAGCAUAUCGUCUAUUUGAGAUUGCUGUUGCUGCUGCAAGUAUUGCUGCCAAUUGUACAAUUAUGUAAUGUUAUUACAAAAUGGGAUGCCUAUAUUGGAUCCCCAGAAAGUGGGAAGAUAUAGGAACAAUCACCGAUCAUAG